UUGUGAAUAACAAAUUUCACUAUAUUUCUUUGCGAACGUAAACAAACAACUGUUGCUAAGCAACAAAAAAUAACAAAAUUUAGUAGCAAAACAAAGAAAAUAUUUUCCUUCAUACACAAUAAGAUUAACAACAAUCCUAAGGAUUUGGAGCUAUAGCAGUCUAAAUGAUGGAUUGGGCCGAGGAAUUGAAAUUAUCCAUUCGUAAGAAAACUGCACGAAAGGGUCGUCGCUCGAAAAGUCGCGAUCCAAUUGGUGGCGCUUCAACCAGUAUCAAUGUGAGCAAUCAAAAUAAAAAUGAAAAAGAAAUUUCUAUCGAUAUAACGUUGGAUCUGCAGCAGAAUUCCAGUACUGCUGCUAGCGAGGAAACUGAUGCCUCCAAGAAACCACCGCCCCGGCGCAUUUCUGGAGGUUGGGCUGACGUCGGCUUGUUAAAAAGUUCAAAAACAAAAAAAGGAGCCUCAUUUGACGACGAACGUUUCCAAAGUGUUUCACUUGCCAAGUCGCCUAUUGGCUCACCCUCUGGAGAUGAAAUACCAACUAUACCCGAUAUGGAUGAUUUAAAAGAUGAAAUCUUACUUAAUGAAAUUUUGGAGCCGCCUGUCUCCAAACCCCAACGUUUGAAUACGUUGAGCGAAUUAAACUUGGACUUGCUGAAUCAGAAUGCAUUUGCUUCGAUGGAGAAUGUAGAUCUUACGGUAUUGACACGUUGCUUAAAACUACCCGAAACAUUAGAUGAGCCCGACGAAGUAUGGGAAUGGGAUAAAUUAUUUACUGAUGUUAUUUCAGAUAUACAUUCUGACCAGCAAAGUUUCGCUGGCGGACAGAAAAAAGAAAUUGGGCCGGAUGAAAUACCACCGCCGAUGUACGCAUAGUUCAAUAAUAUAAUAACACAUAAUAAGUUUUCAUUAAAAAUUUAAAUUUAUUAAGCAGCA